GCCAGCUGCCCCGCGUGUGGUGGUCAGGGCACCCCAGGAGGCUGUCUCCUGCGCAGUCAGCACAAUGCAAUGGCUCCUCUUGGUAAAGCUGUGGGACCAACGGGAGGCAGUCAGUGUCCGGGUCCAGCGGUGAUCACCAGGUCCCACUGUCCCAUGGUCUACAGAAGCAAGAAUUGCUGCUUCCCCCCGUUCAAGCUCUGGGGUGGGCACGUCACAGGCGUUGAGGGGGUGUUAUUUGAAGUUGUCCCCCUCAGACUCAGAGUCUGAGCCAUGACCUAAUGGAGCACAGCCCCACGACCAUGGUUUACAUCAUGAGUUGGAAAUUGUGAUGUGUUUGGCAAAAGUAAUGGUGAAUGUGUUGUCACAGAAAUUGUCUCAUGUCCGUGUUCUCUUUAGCUUGAUUUCAUGGGAGGUUUUGCAUAUUUCAUCUGACAAGGGAGCAAUCUGGGUGCUGGGUGGAGAGGGGGGGGGCUCCCUAGGGCUGAGGACCCAGGAUGCUCCUCUGAGCACAUCCCUGCAUCCUCCAGGGGAAGGUUGAUGGCAGGGUGCCUUUUGUCUGGGGUGUCCUGGGUCCCUUCGUCUCCACUGUGAGGAGAGGGUCCCGGGGUCAGGACUGUUGGGGCUCCCAGGAGCCUGGGUUUCCUAUUGGGAGUCAGAAGCCUGAGCAGUGACCUCCACACAGGGGCCAGGGGCUUAGGAUCCUGUCCACGUUGCUCAAGUGAGGAGAAGGACACGUUUCCCGCCACAGGGGUGGCUGAGAUCAUGGCACAGCGCCAGGCUCCCCGAGUUCCUCUCCUGCAGGGAAGCUGCUGCUGCAGUUUUGCUUCGGUUUUUAUUUCUCUUCUUUGCAAGUUGCACCUUGCAUGUUCUCUGUUUCUGGAAAUGUUGAUAUAUUUUCACUUUUUACAUGAGAUUUGUGUGUAUUUUAUAGUAGUAAAUGAUAACGUAUCAUAGUGACAGCGUAGAUUUAUGCAUUCAUGACAUUCUAAUUUUUUUAAAAUUUUAUAUAUAUAUAAAAUAAACCCAGUGGGGCUUGACCUGGACCUCUGAGCUACAUCCCCACCCUUUUCCUUUCAUUUUAAGAGAGGGUCUCACUGACCUUGGGCUCCUCCAGCCCCAGCCUCCCUGAGAAGCUGUGCUUUGUUUUUGUGUUGAGGUUAAACCCAGGGCCUCGCCAUGCUCAGAAAGCACUCUAUGGCUGAAGCCUAGCUCAACGCCAGGUGUCACCUCUGUACCAGAGGCUAAGCCAAGGCUUCCCACCUGGAUUAGUUCCCAGCACAGCCAGGAAGCUCCGCCUGAAAAGGGCUGGGGCCAAGGAUCUGUCACUCUACCCAAUUUCAGCCAGUGAUUGGACACCUAGGCUGUCAGUCACAAUGCAGAGGCGGGCCUGGAGGCCAUCCAUCCGGGAUGCGGGGGGACCUGCCCAAUCAGUGCGCAGAGAGACAGGAAGGGCGGGCUUCCGCAAUCUCGCGGGCUGUUUUUCUUCCUGGACUCUGCUCCUGAUCCUUCAAAUCAAAAGUUCUCCGCUCCAGGGACUCAGGUGACUUAGCACAGCCUGUGUCCCCACCCCCAGCUUGGGUGCAUGGAGGUUCCUCAAGAGGACGCGGGGUCACCACAGAAGACAAAAAUGAUCUCAGCGACCUUUGAGGAUGUGGCUGUGAACUUCACCCAGGAGGAGUGGGCUUUGCUGGAUGCUUCCCAGAAGAACCUUUACAGAGAUGUGAUGCUGGAAGUCCUCAGAAACCUGGCAUCUCUAGGAAAGACCUGGGAUGACCAGAACUUUGAAGAUCAGAUCAAUAAUUCUGGGAGUAAUCUAAGGCACUUCAGAUCUCACAGUGGGCAUGGAUGCUAUAAACAUGAAGAGUGUGAAGAGAAGCCAUGUGAAUUGAAACAAUACAGAAAAUCUCUGGUUUCUCUCAAAAGUGUUCACACACAAAUGUUAACACAAACUGGAGAUGAACCAUAUGAAAGUACAAUCAGUUGUUCCAGUGACAUUCAAAGACAUGAAGAUACUCAUACUGAGUGCCAACCCUAUGAAUGUCAACAAUGUGGUGAAGCCUUUUCUUCUCUCCCAGCUGUUCAAAGACACAUGAGAACACACAGUGGAGGUAAACCUUUUCAAUAUGAGGUAUGUGGGAAAGCCUUUCAUUCCCCCACUUUAUUUAGAAAACAUGAAAGAACUCAUUCUGGAGAGAAACUCCAUAAAUGUAAACAAGGUGGUAAAACUUUGGUUUCAUUCACAAGUCUUCGAUGUCACAUGAUCAGGCACACUGGGAAAGCACAUUUCAAAUGUAAGCUAUGUGGAAAAGACUUUGCUUAUCUCAGUUUACUUAGAAUACAUCAGAGAAUGCAUACUGGAGAGAAACCCUAUGAAUGUCAACAAUGUGGGAAAGCCUUCAGUACUUCAUCUUACCUCCAGAUACACGAAUGGACUCAUACAGGAGAGAAGCCCUAUGAGUGUAAGCAGUGUGGGAAAGCCUUCACUCAGUCUGCUCACCUUCACUCUCAUGAGCAAACUCAUACUGGAGAGAAGCCCUAUACAUGUCAACAAUGUGGGAAAGCCUACACUACUUCAUCUUACCUUCAGAUACAUGAACAAUUCCAUGCUGGAGAGAAGCCCAAUGAAUGCCAACAAUGUGGAAAAGUCUUCACUACUUCUUCUUCCCUUCACAGACAUGAACGAACUCAUACUAGGGAGAAGCCCUAUGAACGUAAGCAGUGUGGCAAAGCUUUUACUCAGUCUUCUAACCUUCACUCAUAUGAAAACACUCAUAUGACAGAGAAAUCCUAUGAAUGCCAACAAUGUGAAAAAGUCUUCACUACUUCUUCUAACCUUCACAGACAUGAACGGACCCAUACUGGAGAGAAGCCCUAUGAAUGUAAGCAGUGUGGCAAAGCCUUCACUCAGUCAUCUUACCUUCACUCACAUGUGAAAACUCACACUGGAGAGAAGCCCUAUGUAUGUAAACUGUGUGGAAAAGCCUUUGCUACAUCUCCUCAGCUUCGUGUACAUAAACGAACUCAUACUGGAGAGAGGCCCUAUGAAUGUAAGCAGUGUGGCAAAGCCUUCAUUCAUUCUGGUGACCUUCGCUCCCAUGAGCGAACUCAUACUGGAGUGAAGCCCUAUGAAUGUAAGCAGUGUGGCAAAGCCUUUGCUACAUCUUCUCAGCUUCACAUACAUGAACGAACUCAUACUGGAGAGAAGCCCUAUGAAUGUAAACAAUGUGGUAGAGCCUUUGCUAGAUCUGGUGACCUUAACAUACAUGGAAGGAUGCAUACUGGAGAGAAGCCCUAUAAAUGUCAACAAUGUGGAAAAGACUUUGCUGCAUACUCUCACCUUCACAAACAUGAAAGGAUGCAUACUGGAGAGAGGCCCUAUAAAUGUAAACAGUGUGGAAAAGCCUUCAUUGACUCCUCUAACCUUCACAGACAUGAGAAAAUCCAUACUGAAGAGAUGCCCAAUGGAAGUCAACAUUGUGGAAAAACCUUUGAUACAUCCAGUGAACCUCACAUGCAUGGAAGAACUCACAAAGAAGAGAAGACCAAUAAAUGCCAACAAUGUGGAAAAGUCUUCAGUACUUCUUCUUACCUUCAGAUACAUGAACGGACACAUACUGGAUUGAAGCCCUAUGAAUGUAAGCAGUGUGGCAAAACCUUUGGUAGAUCUUCUCAGCUUCACAUACAUAAACGAACUCAUACUGGAGAAAAGCCCUAUGAAUGUAAGCUGUGUGGAAAAGCCUUUACUUACUCCUCUAACUUUCAUAGACAUGAAAGAACACAUACUAGAGAGAAACCUUAUGAAUAUCAACACUGUGGGAAAGGCUUCACUACACCAACUUUCCUUCAGAUGCAUGAACAAAUCCUUACUGGAGAGAAGCCCAAUGAAAGUCAACAUUAUGGAAAAACCUUUGAUACAUCCAGUGAACCUCACAUGCAUGGAAGAACUCACACAGAAGAGAAGACCAAUGAAUGCCAACCAUGGUGGAAAGUCUUCAGUACUUCUUCUUCCCUUCAGAUACAUGAACAGACACAUACUGGAGUGAAGCCCUAUGAAUGUAAGCAGUGUGGCAAAGCCUUCAUUCAUUCUGCUCACCUUCGCUCCCAUGAGCGAACUCAUACUGGAGGGAAGCCCUAUAUAUGUAAGUGGUGUAACAAAGUCUUUGCUAGACCUUCUCAGCUUCGCAUACAUGAACGAACUCAUACUGGAGAGAAGCCCUAUGAAUGUAAACAAUGUGGUAGAGCCUUUGCUAGAUCUGGUGACCUUCGCACACAUGGAAGGAUGCAUACUGGAGAGAAGCCCUAUAAAUGUCAACAAUGUGGAAAAGACUUUGCUGCAUGCUCUCAGCUUCACAGACAUAAAAGGACGCAUACUGGAGAGAGGCCCUAUAAAUGUAAACAGUGUGGAAAAGCCUUUGCUACAUCCUCUAACCUUCACAAACAUGAAAAAAUGCAUACUGGAGAGAAACCCUAUGUCAAAGAUGUGGUAGAGCCUUUGGUAGAUCCUGUGAACUUCAUGUACAUGAAAGAAUACAUACUGGAGAAAAGCCCUAUGAAUGUAAACAAUGUGGAAAAGCCUACACUACUUCAUCUUCCCUUGUGAUACAUGAGCGAACUCAUACUGGAGAGAAGCCCUAUAAAUGUCUACAAUGUGGGAAAGCCUUCACUAAAUCCUCUUCUCUUCUGAUACAUGAACGAACUUAUACUGGAGAGAAGCCCUAUGAAUAUAAACAAUGUGGUAGAGCC